AUGCCGAGCUAUACUUCAGCCGUCAAGGAACACCGGAGGAGGUUGGGACCUUGGGAUAAUUAUGUGAUAACUGCUCUAGUGAGUUUGUUUAGAGAUAUUUGCGGAGAGAUUUCUGUGUCAUCUGGGUUGGCACGUAGUUAUUUGAUUCCAACGGACGGAUCAAAUAACUACGAUCCUAUAAUCAUUGGUUUGAGUGAUAGUAGUAGUGAUGAAGGCACUGAUAACAGUGAUGAGCGCCGUGGAAGAAGUUUAGACUGGAAUUUUGGGCUUUCAAGCAGUGAUGAUAGUGGUUCAAGUUCUUUUGAUGAUGAGGAUGAAGAGGAGGAAAAGGAGAAGAGGAGAUGUAAGAGGAGGAAGAAGGAGAAGAAGAGAAGAGAGCCAACUUUUGAGUCUCAUAGCAAUAAAGUUUUGAGCUGCGACGAGGUGAUUGUGGAAACUGAAUGCUCUGGAAUUGCCAAGAAGAAUGGUGAGAAUAAGAACAAUUCAUCCUCAACCGAGAAUAAUGUGUUUGAUCAUCAGCAAGAGAAAAUGCUACCAAAGGAUGCAGAUUGUGCUAGUGUUCUCUUUGGAGAACGCAAUAUGGAGGGUUGUUCUUCAGAAAAGAAUGAAGAUAAGGAAAAGAAUGUAGCCAAGAAACCGGUGGAGGUUUGUUCUUCAAAAAAGAAUGAAGAUAAGGAAGAGAAUGUAGCUAUGAAACCAAUGGAGGGUUGUUCUUCAGAAAAGAAUGAAGAUAAGGAAAAUAAUGUAGCUAAGAAACCAGUGGAGGGUUUUUCUUCAAAGAAGAACGAAGACAAAGGAAACAAGGUGGCAAAGAAACCAAUGCCAGCGAGGAAUAGAGCACGGAAGAGAGUGGAAAGAACAGGAAAAAAUGUUGGUGCUGAUAUUGAAGCCUCUUCCCAAAAGCGUUCGCGUCCAUCCCCACCUGAGGAGGAUGAAAAGAAACCAGGGUCGUGA